AUGUCGAGCUGCGACAAUCCCCUCGUGCCGACAAGCGCUGUCACGCGCAACAUGACCUCCAGACCUCCGGCAAGACGACUUUUUGACAGACUCGAGAAUAACCAAUUCGCCAACCCGCUCAGCUCGCCUCAACGACGCAUCAUCUUGACCCAAACCUGCGCAAAGGAGGCGAUUGAGGCGUGUCACCAAUCGGCCGAACGCUUUCGACGUCAUUUUCAGUUCGACGUGAAUGAGAAUAAACCGAUCAUUGGACUCGGCGAAACCGCCUACGAUCUCGAGGAUUGGGAGAACCAAAUCGACGGUCAACGGCCAACCAUUCAGACCGACUGUCCGGCCGAAGAGCAUCUCAACAUCGGAUUGCAAGAUUGCACCAGUCACAGCAACAGCAACAGCAGCACUUGCAGCAGUUCAAGCCUUCGCUGGAACUGGCAACUGUUGGACUGUCGUGAGGACUAUGUACCCACGUUCUAUCAUUCGCUCGAGCUCAUUUCGUCGGCAUGCCGACAGACAAACUCCUCCCAUCUCGGUAUCUAUGCCUCGCAGACAUCGCUGCCGGGUCAUCUUCCUUGUCGCUCGGAUCCGCCUGAACUGGCGGCUCCACGCCUUCCAAAAACGCCGAGAAAAUCGCUUUCCGACCCGCGACUCUCUUUUCCCACUCCAAUCUCCAAUCCGGCGCCUGUAGACCCCGUCGCCGAGCAACUAUUCGCCCAAUCGCGCGUCACGCAUGACUCUCUCCAGGCGCCCAAAGCCAAGUCGCCAGCUGAGCCGGUCAAGCCGUUGCGCGAGAACACGCCGUCCGCAGAGUCGACGCCGAGUGAUGCCGUCAAAAGACAGUCGCCAUGCCGACCAGUUGUCACCCGUUGCCAGGGCAUCUUGCAGGCGUGGGGUCGUUGUGGUCGAAUUCGACGCGCCUCUUGCUCCGAGUUCCGCGGUCGGGCGGCCGACGGUGGCCUCGGAUCUGGCGUGUGGAAGCUGCGAGAUCACUCGGUCGCCGAGUGCAUCGCCUCGGCGACAAGCACAGCAACAGCUCCAUCCUCCACCUCGACGUCGGCUCGGAAGAAUCGCGUCUCUCGCGGCCUCCGGCGCUCCUCUUGCCGAAUGGUACCGGCGUCUCGGGCCGGGCAGAGUCCCGAGUCGGCGGUCUGCAGACGCCUCGUCUGGCAUUCUGGUUGGUCGCCUUUGACGGGUAGGCUUUUCGGCAGCCCGCACACGAACAUGCGCACACAAACACCGGUUGGCUCACCCAGCUCUUCUGCCGGACGGCCGUCGCCCCACCCGACUGCUGUGUCACCUGCUCGCCGGUUGGUUCUUUUUCACCUGCGCCAGCCCCGAGCUCGACCCCGGCCGCGGCCACUUCUGGCCCCGUCGCCACCGCCACCGCCACCGCCUCCGUCGCCAUGUACGCCCUGUUUGGUGUCGCCGCCUCGGAAGCCGAUGCUGCGUCAGUCGCUUCUGCCCUUCUCCACUUCGUGUGCUGUCGACGAGGCCACCUCACCCCUCCACCGGAUGUACCUGGCCUCGUUGGACCUUUCGCCUCGUCGACGACCCCUGGCCUCGGCCAAUCCCCUCCGAACCGGUCGACACAGCCGCCAGGACUCGUUGUCCGCCAAGAUGGACUUUGCUCCGCGACUCGCCUCCCGUCACCUCCUGUCGCCCCCUCCUCCGUUUGCUCGGGCGUUCGCCGCGGCUGACCAUCUUCAAAUUGGUACCGGUCCCAGUUGGACGUCGAGCAGGUCUGGCCAGAGUGGCGCAGUCUGCCGGACUCCGGAACAGUCGCCUCGUCGGAGGCUACUUCAGUCGACGCCGAAGCUCGAACUGCAAGUCCGACUGACGCCGUCCGACGAUGAAACAGACCCGUCCGAAGGCACCGAGGACGGCAGAUCCUCGAUGCUGUUCGGACGCGCUUCCAGUCUUUACAUGUCG